AUGGCUGCAAACGGGGACGCUGAGUCGCAGGCCAUAAGCCGCGACGGCCUGCGGCAGAAGCUCAUAACGAGCUCUACCAAGCGUCGCAUUACUGAGCUCUCGGCGCUGCAGCACCAGGUCGCAGACGACUCACUCGUCAAUGCCGACCUGCAAGCCAUACUAGAAAACCUGUUCGAAACAUACCCACUAUACGAAGAUCGGGAAUCUCGCCGCGCAGUCGAAGCCGUCCUCAAGUCGCUUGUAGAAGGACCCCAUGGUGACACGGUCCUGCCGCCAAUUGUCAAGUUUCUCAAACAGGAGUGCUCCAAGAAGGGCCUAGCACCCACAAACGCCUUUGUGCUGGUCGAUUGGGCUUCGGUCCUGCUACUACAACUCGCAAAGUCGGCAGAGACAUGGUCGAAACAUGGUCUGGAUUUGGCGACCGCCAAUGCUCUCGCACUGGAGACGUGUGUGCGUGCAGGACCUCAUCGACGUGCCGACCGAAUCGCAGCUUCCGCACUCGUCUCAACGCGCCGGGCUUUACGCGCCAUCUUCCGCUCUGAGACAUUUGGCCAGAACGCCCUUUCCAAACUGGUCACUACCUUCACUGCCAAAGGCUCCGCCCCAACGGCUGGAAAUGCUGUCUUCCUGGGAGUCAUCGCCGGUGUUUCUUCGCGUCUACCGACCGUCAAGCCCGUGUUCGAGAAGCACAAAGCAGACUACUACACAUUUUACACCAGGGAGAUUAUUGGAUCAAGGACCCAGUUACCCGACUAUGUGUCCAAAGGCCUGCAUGAUUUCUUUGACAGCUUUCCCACACUAGAAGAACUGCGCAAGGAUGUUUUCCCGCCCAUCGAGAAGGCGUUACUGAGAGCCCCGGAAGUGGUACUCAACGACGUUCUCUCGCCCAUGAUCUUGGCCCUUCCCCAGUCCCUGGAUCUCUCCGACAUACUCUUGAUAAGUAUGCUUAAGCCGCUGCUUUCAAACGUCAAGUCAACCAACCCCGCAAUCCGAGCAGGCGCCCUGCGAACCUUCAAGGCCUUGGCUUCCAGGUCGCAGGAUGGCGAAAAGGUCGACAAAGUCGCAGAUGAACUUCUUACCCCUCUCAAGCAAGGCAAAGUGUCUGGUGCCGACCAAAAGAUUUUGCAUGCUCAGAUGCUAGCAGUGCUACCACAGUCAACGUCGUUGUCAGCCAAGAUACCGGCUGGCAUUGCCCCGGUCGCAUUGAAAGAGCCGAGUGAGCCAGCUGUGUUAGCUGAAGUGUCAGCUUUGACUACACAUCUCAACUUUGGCUUAGCAAAUGGUGUGAGUGUUGACAAGACAGUGUCCGAUGCUUUCAUCAAAGGCAUGGCAGACAGGCGCAUACCCGUCAAACGGCUGUGGGCGCUACGGGCGGGCGACAUCUGGUGGAAUCUCUCUCAGGAGCAGCAGGCUCGACCAGAUGUACUUGCCUUCUGCCAGACCACUCUACCAAAACUUGUCGAAAUUUGGCAAGAAGUCAAUGCUAACCCUCUCCCGGCAGCCCAGAGUGGUUUGGUCACGGUAGGCCAUUACGUGACUGCGCUACUCAUUGGAAAGGUGCAGAACGCCAAUGACGAAAAGCUGGUCUCUAUAUUCAAGAAAUCCGACGUCAUCUCACAAUCUCUCGCUACACAGCCCAAGCCGUCCUUCCUUUUGAACCAAAAGGUGUACUCGAAAGUGUCCACUGAAGAAGAUGUGUCAAUCGCAAUGCGUGCCUUGGCAGCCAUAGCCCCUAGUGUCGCUGAUACAUCUUCAGGGGACGUGGCAAAUGCGUGGGCACAGGCCGUCAUAUUCUUCACAAUAUCUCGAACUCUCUCAAGCCAGGCCAGUUCGGCUGCGAAGCAAGUACUGACGAAAUCAUAUCUCCGAACCUCCCCUGAAAAGAUCAGCAGCAUCAUCAUAAAUGGUUUGUGGUCAUGGUACAGGUCAUCUGAGCAAGGGGACAAGGAGAGUGCAGCGGUUCUUUCCAAAGCACAGACGGGCGAUCUUGGCGCCGUAUUGGCAUCUAUCUGCCUGCCUCCCGAUAGCCUGAAGAAACACGACGCAAGCAUAGAUACUGCGGUUCUACAAAAACAGGCUAUGAGCCUGGUCGUGUUGGCAAGAAAGGAGAUUAUGCCGCGGGUGUCUUGGAUCGACCUUUGCCUUCGCAUGGGCGUGGAUCCAGGUGAACUAGUCCGAAACCACCUGGAAGCCUUCAUGAGUACUGUCAAUAGUGUCACUGAGAACAAAGAGAACGAUCAGUUUCCAGCUGUCAGUCUGGCAGCGUACAGUGCCUACACUGACAUGGCCUUUGUGGCCCCCGAUACUGCUUUGCCAGCUGUCGUUAAACAAUUCAGUCAAGACCUUGAUCCAAAGCAGCUCGAAUCGGUCGGGCCUACCGAGGCCGCCAUCUUCCGAACGCCCGAGGGAACUGCUUACAUUGACGUUUUGUCGAAGAAGGCUCCCGUUGUGAUAGACAAGAACACCAAAGACUACGAUACUCUGAAAUGGGAGGAGGAAUUGCGAGCGCAACUUGCACAGAAGAAGGGCCAAACCAAGAAGCUCACUCCAGACGAGCAGGCCAAGGUCAAUGCUCAAUUAGCGAAAGAGUCUGCCAUACGGAAAGAGAUCACUGCUACAGAGCAGCGGAUGAGGCGAGGCGUUGGCAUAAUUCAGAGCCUAGCAACCGGCCCUCCAACUGAGGCAGAGCAAUGGAUGGGAUCGGCUGUAGGUCUUUUGAUCCAAGCUAUUCGCGCCGGCGCUGGACUUUUGUUGGGAGAUAUCCCGGCGACAGCUCUAAUUGCCUGCUCCGAACGUAUAUCUAACCGUCUUGGCGUACUCAGACCCUUUGUUGGUGUUGCAGUUUUGCGUACGAUCGGUGCUAUACAGCUCGCCAAAGAGUACGAAGAUGAAGAUCUAGGCGAUCUUGUCACGCGUGUUCUAUACCGACUCCGUUUCCUUAGCGAGCAGAGGCCACUUGACGCAGUAUCAUUGGCUUACUGCUUCCCUCUCCUUUUCCUUGUACUGGAAAAGGGCGGCAUUGGCAAAACAUCACCCGAGGAGUCUGAUGAGCAGCUCAUCCUAGCAAUCGAAGUACUGGCUUUCCACACAGAUUCCUGCACCGAUCCUCGUCUGCCGCGUAAGAGCUUGCUAGAAAUCCUCGUCUGGUCCAUGCAGCGGUAUCAGCAGCACUACAAGAUGAUCAAGGAUUGCAUUACCGAUCUCGCCAGUGGCCUCGCCCCUAACAUUAGCAACGAAGAGUUGGGUGCACUACUUCGUGGUACCAUUGUUCCCGAGACUGGUGUCCGAACAGCGACUUUACAGGCCAUUGAUGCUGAGCUCGACAUGAACGAUCUUACCUUUAGUGAAGAAAUUUUCAUUGCGUGCCAUGACGAUGUGCCGGAGAAUGCUGAGCUCGCACGAACCAUUUGGGAUGAAAAUGACCUUGAGCUCAAACCAGAUGCAGGUGUACGAAUGCUACCUUAUCUUGAUUCCCUCGACAAGCAACUCAGGCGAGCCGCUGCUCGAUCCAUUGGUGAAAUCAUCACCAAGUUCCCGGAUACAUUCCAGGACCUCCUCCAAAGACUUAGGGAGUCUUACACAGAAAAGGCCAAGCCUCGGGUUCCAGAGCGCGACGAGUAUGGAAUGCCGCGCAAGAUCGAUUUGCGAGAUCCCUGGGAAAGCAGAGAUGGUAUCGCACUCACCUUUAAGGAAAUGACGCCAGGUUUCAAGCCUGAUGAUCUCGUCGACUUCUUGAACUUCUUGAUCUUCGAGGGCCCACUUGGGGAUCGGAGCCCUGCAGUGCGAGAUGAGCUAAUCGAGGCAGCAACAUCAGUCAUCACAGUCAAGGCGCAGACUAAAGUAGAACCACUGAUGGAGCUUUUCGAGAACGCUUUGGAGGCACCCGAUCGCAAGUCUGAGAUGUACGACCAAGUCAACGAGGCAGUUAUUAUCCUCUACGGUGCUCUGGGUCGUCAUCUGGCUGCAGGAGAUCAGCGGGUUCCCAAAGUCGUUCAGAGGCUUUUGGCAACUCUCAGCACACCCUCUGAGACAGUACAAUAUGCUGUUGCACAAUGUCUUCCCCCUCUCGUGCGCACAUCAGAACAAGAGCUUCCCAACUACAUCAACCAGAUGAUGGAGCAGUUACUUCAAUCAAAGAAGUACGCAUCGCGCCGUGGUGCUGCCUAUGGCCUCGCGGGUAUCGUUCGCGGCAAGGGCCUAGGUGUUCUGAAGGAGUAUCGCAUCAUGUCCACCCUCAAAGGGGCCAGUGACAACAAGAAAGAUCCCAACCAAAGACAGGGGGUAUAUCUGGCAUAUGAGCUUCUGUCUUUGAUUCUGGGCCGCUUAUUCGAGCCGUACGUCAUCCAGUUGGUGCCGCAACUGCUCGCUGGAUUCGGUGAUAGUAGUACAGACGUUCGAGAGGCUUGUCUCGAUGCAGCAAAGACUUGCUUCUCGACGCUCAGUUCUUUUGGAGUGAAGCAAGUGCUACCAAUACUUCUAGAGGGUCUUGAUGAGGACCAAUGGCGUAGUAAGAAGGGUGCUUGCGACUCUCUGGGUGCCAUGGCGUACCUCGAUCCGAACCAGCUCGCUCUGAGCUUGCCCGACAUCAUUCCACCUCUAACGGUCGUUUUGACGGAUAGUCACAAAGAAGUGCGAGCAUCAGCCAAUCGAAGUUUGCAGCGCUUCGGCGAAGUCAUCAGCAAUCCCGAAAUCAAGAGUGUAGUCAACAUCAUCCUAAAGGCUCUUAGCGACCCCACCAAAUACACGGACGAUGCUCUCGAUGCGCUCAUCAAGAUUCAGUUCGCUCAUUUCUUGGACGCACCGUCGCUUGCCCUUGUGGUGCGUAUUCUAGAGCGUGGCUUGGGCGACCGAUCCGGAACGAAACGAAAGUCUUCCCAGAUCAUUGGCAGUUUAGCUUAUCUUUCAGAGCGAAAAGAUCUUACGUCUCAUCUUCCGAUUCUCGUCGCUGGUUUGCGCGUAGCUAUUGUGGAUCCAGUACCUGCCACUCGUGCUACCGCAUCCAAAGCGCUCGGCUCACUUGUAGAGAAACUAGGAGAGGAUGCUUUGCCGGAUCUCAUUCCAAGCCUCAUGGCAACUCUCAAGUCCGACACUGGGGCCGGCGAUCGCCUCGGUUCUGCCCAGGCUCUUUCAGAGGUUCUUGCCGGUCUUGGAACCGGACGUCUGGAAGAGACACUACCAAGUAUCCUGCAGAAUGUUUCCAGCAACCGAGCUUCCGUACGAGAAGGCUUCAUGUCACUCUUCAUUUUCUUACCUGUCUGUUUUGGAAACAGCUUUGCCAAUUAUCUCAGCAAGAUCAUUCCUCCUAUUCUAGGAGGUCUGGCGGACGAUGUCGAGUCGAUAAGAGAAACCGCUUUACGCGCCGGUCGUCUUCUGGUCAAGAACUUUGCUACAAAGGCCAUCGACCUUUUGUUGCCCGAACUUGAGAGAGGUCUCGCAGAUGACAGCUACCGCAUUCGUCUCAGUUCCGUUGAGCUUGUGGGUGAUCUGCUGUUCAACCUCACUGGCAUCAGUGGCAAGGUGGAAGAAGAUGAAGUCGAAGAGGGUGCGAAGGAGGCUGGUCAGUCUUUGCUUGAGGUCCUUGGAGAGGAGAAAAGGAACAAGGUUCUUUCGGCACUAUACAUUUGCAGAUGCGACUCAUCUGGUCUGGUGCGCACAGCAUCUAUCAACGUCUGGAAGGCGUUGGUGGCCAGCCCGCGUACUCUACGUGAGCUUAUACCUACGCUUACACAACUCAUCAUUCGCCGCCUCGCAAGCUCGAGCAUGGAGCAAAAGCACAUUGCUAGCAGCGCACUUGGUGAGCUCAUCCGCAAGGCUGGUGAUGGCGUCCUUGCUACACUGUUGCCUACUCUGGAGGAUGGUCUGCACACUACCGAUACCGAUGCCAAGCAGGGUAUUUGUAUCGCUCUCCGCGAGCUCAUAGAUGCCGCCUCACCAGAGCAGCUUGAAGACUACGAGAAGACUCUUAUCAAGGUUGUACGAACUGCUUUGGUCGAUCCGAACGUGGACGUGCGAGAAGCAGCCGCAGAGGCCUUUGACGCUCUGCAACAAAUCUUUGGUAAGACAGCUGUUGAUGAGGUCUUGCCAUACCUGCUCAAUCUCCUCCGUUCGGACAAUGAUGCUCAGAAUGCGCUUUCCGCGCUUCUCACCCUUCUCACGGAUCAAGCUCGGUCGAACAUCAUUCUUCCAAACUUGCUGCCGACACUUCUUACAUCUCCCAUGUCUGCAUUCAAUGCCCGCGCCAUUGCAUCAUUGGCUGAAGUUGCAAGCUCUGCGAUGACUAGGAGAUUACCAAAUAUCCUCAACACCAUCAUGGACAACGUCAUUGCUACCAAGGACGAAGACCUCAGGGCGGAGCUCGAGACAUCUUUCGACAAGGUCCUGUUGUCUGUAGACGAGUAUGACGGACUGAACACUGCCAUGAGCGUUAUGCUGGCACUGUCAAAGCAUGAUGAUGAGCGAAGACGUGCGCGUGCUGAUAUGCACUUGGCCAAGUUCUUUGCAGAGUGCGACGUUGACUUCUCGAGAUACUACCCCGAACUCAUCCGGGCAUUGCUCAUUUCAUUUGGCGACAGCGACGCGGAAGUGGUCAAAGCUGCAUGGACUGCUCUCAGCACCCUCACAUCAAAGCGUCUCCGCAAAGAGGAGAUGGAAUCGCUCGUCAUUUCCACCCGCCAGACGCUCAACCAAGUCGGUGUAGCCGGUGCCGACCUCCCAGGUUUCUCAUUACCCAAGGGUAUCAACGCCGUCUUACCCAUUUUCCUGCAGGGUCUCAUGAACGGAACUAUCGACCAGCGGACACAGGCCGCUCUGGCUAUCUCAGACGUCAUUGACCGCACGAGUGCCAAGUCAUUACAGCCCUUCGUUACUCAGAUCACUGGACCUCUCAUUCGUGUGGUCACGGAACGGUCUGUCGAGGUCAAGGCAGCUAUCUUACUUACACUCAACAACUUGCUUGAGAAGAUACCAACUUUCCUCAAGCCCUUCCUGCCUCAGCUGCAGCGUACGUUUGCCAAGUCACUUGCUGAUACAUCAUCCGAUGUACUGCGAGCGCGUGCAGCCAAGGCUCUUGGUACUUUGAUCAAGUUGACACCCAGGGUCGAUCCUCUCAUUGCUGAACUAGUCACCGGAUCCAAGACGAGUGAUGAGGCUGUCAAGACAGCUAUGUUGAAGGCCUUGUUUGAGGUAGUCAGCAAAGCAGGCAAGAACAUGAGCGAAGCUAGCAGGAAUUCUAUCCUCGGUCUCAUCGACAACGAGACGGAUGACUCGAAUGAUGCUAUGGCAAUCACUAAUGCCCGCCUCUUGGGUGCCCUCAUUAGCUGCCUGCCUGAGGAUGUUGCUUCCAGCUUGCUCAAGGCUCGUGUUCUCACGACUCAUUUCAGCAAGGCUUCGGUACUAGCACUUAAUGCUAUUCUGUUAGACGCCCCCGAAGCCCUGACAGGAUCUUUCGCAGAUGACACUAUCACUGUGAUUUGCCAAGGUAUCGCACAUUCCCAACCGUUCAUAUCAGACAACGCAAUCCUCGCGGCUGGCAAGUAUCUCCUUUCGGAGAAGAGUAACAAGAGCUUCGAUCACACCAAGCCAAUCUUCGAGGCGCUUGCGCCUGUUGUUGAACCCGGCCAUCCCGUUGACACGAGGAGAUUGGCACUUGUGGUGCUCCGAACGCUUGCUCGAGAGCACAACGAGCUGGUCCGUCCCCAUAUCGCACUCGUGGUACCAGUUGUAUUCGCAUCUGUCCGCGACCCGGUUAUCCCAGUGAAGCUGUCGGCUGAAGCGGCUUUCCUCAGUAUCUUUUCGGUUGUAGAUGAAGAAGGCGCCGUGUUCGACAAGUACAUGAGCGGGCCGGGCAAGGAGCUGUCUCCUGGUCAGCAGCGCAGCAUGGGAGACUACUUCAAGAGGGUGGCUACGAGAUUAGCAGGACAGGCAAGAGAGAGGAAAGAAGCCGAGGGAGGAGCUGGCGGCCUGGGCUUGUCGAGUGACGAGGUUGAAGACGAGCGUGAGAUAUGGAGUGUAGGAAAGGUUGAGCUGGGAGAUGUGUUUGGCGAUAAUUAAGGCAUACAUGGCGGUGACAUGGCAUAGAAGCAUUGUAAAAGCAUUUGGGACGGGAGCAUUCACGAGGGCAUUUGAUGAUGAGGUAUGCAAUCAUAGCGAGUCAAGUCUUUA